AUGACUUCGAUAUUUUCUGCAGCGAAUGAUGCUCAAGGUUUUGCUAGAGUCUAUGAAAGGGAGCACGGGCAUAUAGGGAUAUGGAAAGAGAAAGAACGAGGCAAGACUUGCAUAGAGUCUGAUUUAUGUGUGUGUUUGGCUUUGCUUAUUACAGCUUCGAGAAUUCUCCAAGCCAUGAUUCCUAUGUUACAGCUUGAUCAGUUUUGCGAGAAGUUGAUGAAUGAUCUUGACAGGAAGGUUAGGCGUGGACGAGAACGUCUUGCACAAGAAGUUGAACCUCCUCCACCACCUUCUCUAUCUGCAGAAAAGGCUGAACAAUCGGCUUGGCUCUUUGAGCUCUUUGUAACGAAAACAAAGGGUUGUAACUAA